UCGCGCGAUACACGUCGCAAAUCGCGGAGAUAAACGGACGACCGUUCGCGAGCACAGCACAUCCGCCAUAUUCCGUUACUUGAUAAAUCCUGUGAAAAAUUUGAACUAAUGUGCAACUUCACGCCGAUGCCUGAUUCGUCGAUCGCAGCUUCGCCUGUUCACUCGGCUCGCGACAUGAAGGGAUGCCAACUGUCAAUUGCAGAGCGUCUCCCUCGCUCGACUUUUGUGAUUCGCGGUUUUUCGCAAGUCAUAUGGUAAUAAAUAUAUAUAUAUAUAUACAUAUAUAUGUAGAAAGCGAUUAGAUUACCUUCAAUUUGUAAUUUGUACCGCAGACACGAUGUUUAUCGUAUCCAGCACGAUUAGACUUCCUAUCUUUAUGCAUACAAGAGCGAGAGGGCGAAAAGCCAUUCAAAGAAUAAAGGAUACAAUUUUCUCGUCAACCAAAAUAUAAUUGUGAAGCGCAAUCUACUGGUGGAUGUCAGUACUCGUUGUGCAACUGUCGAUAAAGAAGUGACAUGCAAUAUUAUUGUACAUUAUUAUUAUAUUCUCAUCAGAUGAGGUUAAUGACAGCUAUUUAUUAAUGUAUAUCGAAAGAACUUUUAUGCUGAAGGACGAGGAAAGAUUACGCGAAAGAUUGGAUCUUCUGCGUUAUGUAAAAUGAAAUCGCCGUGUGACAAGGAUUACAAUAAGCAAUUAAGUCCAGAGGAUAGCCGUGGUUGGCAUUAAAAAUCCAAAAUCGCAGUCCUUACGACGUGAGGAAACAAUUUCAAUCCACUCUGCUGUUUUCUUUAGACUUGUUCUCCAAGUAACGCCGUCGAUAUGCCCCGGUAGGGUCAUAUUUGUCCUCCAAAAGUUUCCAAUCGUCCGGUUUAUUAUCGAUCAAAUGAUGAGAAAUCUUGUCUGCUGCGUUCUUUUGUAUUUCGCUGCAUCCGGCGCAGUCAUGCUCCAACGCGUCCGUUCCGCCGCAUCUGGGGUGCAGGGAGUCCGAUCGAGCAGACAACCCACGUAUCCGUUCAACAGCCUAUCGCUAUUUAUCACCGCGUCCACAUCUAUAUUGUCGUAUUUCGUCGUAUACUGCACCUCAUCUGCGAGAACAACGAUGAACGAAAGGGUGCACGUGGUGAUAAGAGCGACGACUAGAUGCCUCAUCGUGGUGAACCAGAUUGAUGCGAUGCUCCCGAUUCACUGCUCACGGAAUCCCAUUAGUUCCAAUGUCUUAUAAGGAAGACUUGGACACGAGAUCAAACUCGAAAGUUUCGCAUUUUAUAAUCCGCUACAAAGUAGCUUAUCAACAAGGAUUUUCAAUUUCGCAAAAGGAGAGGAAAUGCCCGGCUUGGAACGGAUUAAUCGCUGCGGCCGGCUGAUCGAAGGAACGCGAAGGGAUUUCCUGAAAUAUUAUCUGAAAAAAUGCCCGACCCUCUUUCACAUUUGCUACGAUCCGAUCGGCACUCAUCGAAAAGCCAGAGCCUUCAUCGGAUUUCUUUUCGGAUUUCUCGCAGCUGUCGCGCUAUACGAGGGCAUAAUCGUCGAUCUACAAUUUGACGCGUAUACCAGUAUCUCUCUGGGAAUCAUUCUCGCUGUGAUGUUAUCAAUAGGAUGUGCGUCAUCGAUACAGGUGAGAUGUAUUUGUCUGUUGACAAUCCCGACCUUCCUCGGUCGAUCCGGUCGUAACGUUUUGAGGGCGUUCGUCUUAGGAUACAUAAUCGCUGGACCGAUAUUUAAUUUAAUAUACAACGGCAAAGAAGUGGUCAGAACUUUUGCUUGUACGACGCAAUUGACGUAUAAUCUCACCCAAACGCGUUUUGAUCUUAUGUUUAAGCCUUUUCAACAGGCAGUGCUCGCCAUGAAAGCGGAUGCGAGCGAAUUGAAAGAUACUUUAUCCUCGGUAAGGGAUUUGAUGAGUCCGAUAGUCGAGGAAAUCGAAGGCGAAGAGGAGAUGAAGAGAUUGAAAGAGGAGAACGACUAUCUGGACGAACUUCAGGACGAUACAAAGCGAAGCGACGAGAUCGAGGAGAAACAUGAGAAAGAGAUCGCCAAGGCAAAGUCUGAGGCGGAUAUUUACGAAGCGAAGUACAAGAAGAAAAUCCAGGCGCGUUGCGAAGAGCAGCUUAGCCGCGGUGCCGAGCGAUGCAGGGACAUGUUCGGUGACGCUUAUGAUAAGUGUUACGACGCGGUGACGGUCUUCGCGGCCUGGCUGCUGUGUUGGCCGAUGAAGCUCACCUUCGUGUGCAACCUGGUGCAGGCACUCGGUGGAGUCAAUAUCUGCGAUCCCGAGGGGAACAUAGACUCGGGCAUCGGCGAGGGCUAUGUUGCUCUAAAAAGAGCCAGGGAUACAUUCAGCAAGAGUCUCAAGGAGGCAAAAUUCCAGUACAAAGUAAAGAAAAUGCCGGUGAUUCUUGAUCUUCAUGACGCCACGGAUUUUGCCCAGGGCGUGAUGCAUGAAUUCAACUCACGUAGGAAGAUUUUGGAAUCCGUGAUGAUGAUUAUCAAAAGAUGCCUGUCCUUCGUUUUCUUGAGAAUCAUCAUAAACGCCCAGAUAUAUCACGACAAAUAUAUCAACGAGAUCGAGUACGAUAACGUAUAUGUGACUUCAUACUUUCGAAAAAUUGACGCGAGACGGAAGGCUCGCGGCAGCUUAACUUUGCUGCCCUUGAAGAAGAUUGAAAGAUCAAAAUUCGUGGACCCAUACAGCCUGCGGCCGAGCAAGAUCGAGCGAGUGCAUCUGACCGGUCAAAUGGUGAAGUUGAUCCUCGAGAUGAUCAGCGUGACGACGUUUAUAUUGCUCGAUAGGCUUUUCUUCGAGAUGCUCGAUUUGGUCAGGAGACACGCUUAUAUGGAAUAUACUCAGGCGGGUCAUCAUGAUAUGGUUGAAGUUCGCGGAAUCGGAAUAAUAGCCUCCCUAAUACGUAGUAUCAUUCGCGGAUUCAACGUGAAGAAACGAGUGAAGACAGUGGUGUCCAACAACGCGUGUUUACCAAGGCCUAGCAGAGUACCGGAUCGCAUGAUCCUCAAGAUCUAUUCGACCUAUCUUGGCGUUUGGCUGUUAUUGUUCACCGCUGCUUACACGCAACGAUUGCGACGCGUGAUCUGCUCGUUUUUCUACAGGAAACGCGAAAAGAGGCGCGUGCUGUACCUCUAUAACGAGAGCCUGAGACGCAGGCUCGGACACGCCAGAUUUAUGCGGGCCAAGAUCAGAGCUUUAGUUAGAACUCGUCGGCUGGAAUACGACAUGGACCUGUGGAUCGCUCUGAGGCUGCGUUGGCCAAUGCUCUGCGGUUGGCUGGCAUUAUUCGCCCGGGCGCGUCUCAAAUGUCUCGUCUGCGGCGAAGCGGAACCGAGGAAAGGUCCGCAAUAUCGCAAAUGCACGACACCAGGGUGUCCUUUCGUCCAUUGCUCCGAAUGCUGGAAAGACAUUGGUGAGCUGUGCUAUGCCUGCGCUGACAUCGGCGAGACGACAGACGACGAAUAUAUGACGGACGAUCAAAUGACUUUAAGAUGAUAAAAUAUUAAUUUAGAUAGGAAUUAAUAUAAUUUCACGAACGCGCUUUGCGCACUUGAUAUUUUUUUGUAAAUAGAUAUUGGGAUAUUUAUUGACAGCUUUAGACAAAUAUUUCUAUUAGUAAUUAAUCUUGUGAGAUACGAUUAAAUUGAUAUUACUUCAUAUACAUAUGAAAGAGACUUUAAUGUAAAAACGAACAGUAAUCAAGUAGUUUUGUAAUGGAGAUAUAUAUUAAAUUUUUAAAAUUGUCUAAUAGUAUAUAUUUGUAAAACGACUGUAUAAUAGAAUAGUUAAUCAAUGCUUGAGAGAUUUGUCGAUAAUAAAAAACUAAUUUGCAAGCAUUUUUCUACUGCUUUUAAUGACGAAAUCAGUUUCUUCGAAGAAUUUUUUUGCGGGAAUUUUUACAUUAAAAUUUUCCACUGUGUAAAGACGGACGAUCAAGAUUCAAAUGUAAAGAACGCAAGGAGAAUUCUGCGAUGGAAUGACUCACGGAAUCAUGUAUAACUGUAUAUAUAUUAUGACGUAUAUUUUUUAUUUGCAUGCCGUGAGAAUACGCAUGUUACAUAGUAAUUAGGUCAAGUUGCCGCCCGAAGGGCAUUAAAAGCAAUUAAUAUUACAUAUAUAUAUAUAUAUAUAUAUAUACAUAUUUCUACAUUUUUUCUUCCUUGAAUUUUGAUCAGUUCUAACUCUGUUUGUUCAAAGCCUUAUCUUCAAACUUCGGCGCAUAUAUUCUUUCCGGAUCGUAUUUAGCUAUCACUUCGUCCCACAUACUUCUUUUGUUAAGUAUUAGAAACUGUAUCGUCUUAUCCACAAGUUUUAUCUGUUGAUUUGUACACUUUUCACAAUCAGUGCGUAGUGCUUCAGAUAAGUUUUCUGUGCAACAAUAAUUCAAUGAUUAUUAUUAAUUUAACAAUAAUAUUAAACAUAUAAUCAAACAUAUCUUACAUUACAAGUUAAAAGUCUGUGCUUCUUUAAGAAA